AUGAAGGAAGUGCAGACAGAACACACGAAACUGCCACAAGAAAACACAGACAAAACGCAGACGGAACUACCACGAGAAAAAUGCAGAUGGAACUGUCAAGAGUACACAGACAGAACUACCACGAGAGAACGUAGACGAAACUGCCACGAGAGAACGCAGACGAAACUGCAACGAGAGAACACAUACGGAACUGCCACUUGUUUGAAGGAAGUGCAAACGGAACUGCCGGAAAAAACGCAGACGGAACUGCCACAAGGAAACACAGACGAAACGCAAAUGGAAUUGCCACGAAAAAACGCAGACGAAACUGCCAUGAGAGAACACAAACGGAACUGCCACGAGAGAACGCAGAUGGAACUGCCACGAGAGAAUACAAACAGAACUGCCACGAGAGAACAAAAACAAAACUGCGACGAGAGAACGCAGACGGAACUGCCACGAAAACUAUAUGAUUUCUUCAUGAGAAUAGGUGUACAUCAAGACACCGUUACAACUACUAAUUCAAUUCCUCAACCAAUUGCUUCUUAUGAACCAACUAUAAACAAUACUAGAAGCCAUGCAAAUAUAAAUGGAAAAGUCUCUUUGCCCCAAGUAAAUGCUCCUCAGGAAUUACUAGACAUCUUCUUAGACCCUUCUGCAGAAGGGAACCAUUUUAGGAAAUACAUUCGUGGUUACAAUCAUGUUUUUUCAUUCACUUCGUGUGGUGUACACAUAGACGAACAAUUAGCUUCAGCAAGUCAUGGUAUAUAUAUAUUCCGUGCUCAAGGAUCAAUGUACCACAGUAUAGGAGGAUUUCAUCCGGAUCAGGGGGCGCGGCCACGCUUCUUGCAACUAUAUAUAUACGAUACUGAUCACGAGUUACAGAAUAGGAUGCUGGAGAACACACAACUGCAUGAAAGUUUGGUUUUGAAGCUACAACAAUUGUUGCACCGAUAUAAUCCUUUUAUCCAUGUAUUCCACCAGCAUGCACAACGACUAGAUGUGCAUGAGUGUAGUUUGGUGAUCAGAGAGCGACCUGCUAAUCAACCACAAUACAGUCUCCCAACUGCUUCACAAGUAGCAGCCAUAAUAGUCGGUGAUGAUAUUGAAACAAUGGUGCGAGGACGGGAUAUCAAGGUUCAAACGCAUGCUGGUAACCUCAGAAGGAUUCAAGAGUUUGUUGGGUAUUACGUUCCACUACAAUAUCCUCUUCUUUUUCCAUUUGGAACCCAUGGAUGGGAUAUAAAUACUCGAACUCAACGUGGAAACAAAGUAUCAUGCCGGACAUAUUAUAGCUAUAUGCUCCAGGUACAAACUCCUAUAUUUGUUACAUCAUUUAUAGACUUCCGCAAGUUAAGAUGGGUUCGACAAAGACAAAAGGAACUUCGAGCUGAACUGUAUCAAGGCUUGCAAGAUGCUUUGCACACAGGAGAGAAUAAUGCUGAAAAUGUUGGCAGAAGAACGAUAUUACCAUCGUUGUUCGUGGGCAGUCGUCGAGACAUGACUCAACGGUACGAGGAUGGAAUGGCUAUUGUUCUUAAAGAAGGCAAACCGGAUAUUUUUCUAACUAUGACAUGUAAUCCAUCAUGGUCAGAAAUAGCUUCAGAACUCAGUCCUACUCAAACUCCACAGGAUCGUCCGGAUCUAACAACUAGGAUUUUCAGAGCCAAGUUCGAACAAUUAAAGCAGGAUGUUAUUACCAAAGGUGUAUUGGGAAAAGUGAAAAGUUAUAUUUAUGUCACCGAAUUUCAGAAAAAAGGAUUGCCACACGUACAUAUGUUGCUAAUCUUAGAAAACAAUGACAAGUUGAGUGAUCCUGACCAAUAUGAUAGUUUAGUCUGA